GUGCGUUUUGGCUUAUAAAACUAGAUUUUAUGGCCGACCUCCAAAUCUCUGGCGGCUGAGGUGGGAAAGGAGGACGACUCGGGAUCCUUUCCCUACUAGCUCUAUAAAAACCAAGCCAAUUCUCUCGCCAGGAUUAUCCCAUUUUCAAUUGAUCUGUGCCUAGAGUGACAGAGAGAGAAACUGUGUUGAUUCCCAAGGCCUUAAUUAAUGGAGAAGCCCCAUGCAGUCUGCAUCCCCUUCCCAGCUCAAGGUCACAUAAACCCCAUGCUAAAGCUGGCCAAACUCCUGCACUACAGAGGCUUACACAUCACUUUCGUCAACACAGAGUUCAACCGCAAACGUCUCUUGAAAUCCCGAGGUCCCAACUCUCUCGACGGCCUUCCCUCCUUCCGAUUCACAACAAUACCCGACGGCCUUCCUGAGUCCGAUGCCGAUGCCACCCAGGACAUUCCGUCCCUGUGCGAAUCCACGAAAAAGCAUUGCUUAGCUCCCUUCAGAAACCUUCUUCGGAAACUGAACGACACCUCUUCGUCAAACGUCCCCCCGGUCUCUUGCAUAGUUUCCGACGGUAUCAUGAGUUUCACUCUUGAUGCAGCAGCAGAACUGGGCGUCCCUGAGGUUCUUUUCUGGACGACCAGUGCCUGUGGUUUCAUGGGCUACGCUCAAUAUCGCCGUCUCGUGGAGGAAGGUCUAACACCACUCAAAGAUGCGAGCUAUUUAACUAAUGGGUAUUUGGAUAUGGUCAUAGAUUGGAUUCCUGGUAUGAAAGGUAUCCGUUUCAGAGAUCUUCCAAGCUUCAUUAGAACCACAGAUCCUGAUGAAUUUCUGUUAAGUUUUCCAAUGGUUGAAGCCGAGAGAGCUCGAAAGGCUUCUGCUCUUAUCUUUAAUACGUUUGAGCCAUUAGAGCAAGAAGUUUUGGACGCACUUUCAUCCAUGUUUCCCCCCAUUUACACCGUCGGUCCCCUACAACUUCUCGUAAACCAGAUCCCGGGUGGUGAAUAUAAAUCAAUUGGAUCAAACCUAUGGAAAGAAGAAUAUUCGUGUCUGGAAUGGCUGGACAAAAAAGAACCCAAAUCCGUUGUUUACGUGAAUUUUGGAAGCGUAACGGUCAUGACAAGCAAGCAAUUAAUUGAUUUUGCUUGGGGACUUGCAAAUAGUAAUCAAACAUUCCUGUGGGUUAUAAGGCCGGAUCUCGUGGAGGGUGAUUUGUCCAUUCUUCCACCUGAGUUCUUGGCGCAGAGCAAAGAAAGGAGUCUUUUAGCAAGUUGGUGUCCUCAAGAACAAGUUCUCAGCCAUCCGUCCGUUGGAGGAUUUCUGACGCACAGCGGAUGGAAUUCCACGAUCGAAAGCUUGAGCAGCGGAGUGCCAAUGCUCUGUUGGCCGUUCUUUUCUGAGCAACUAACCAAUUGUAGGUUCUCUUGCAAUGAGUGGGGCGUGGGCAUGGAGAUUGAGGGAGAUGCAGGCAGAGAGAAAAUAGAGAGCCUUGUGAGAGAGCUGAUGCUGGGAGAAAAGGGGAGAGAGUUGAGGAAGAAAGCUGAAGAAUGGAAGAGGUUGGCGGAGGAAGCCGUCACAAGCAAACCGAAAGGCUCUUCUUACGCGAAUUUAGACAAAAUGAUUAAUCAAGUGCUAAUUCGUUCUGCAAGAGAAUAGACUUAACGGCAGAUUACUAAAAUUAUUCCCAUCGUGUCGUUUUCCAUCACCAUAGCAUGGAUAUCGCUCUCUGUAACGUGCGAAAUAAUAUUGGGAGAUGCUGAAUAUUCGAUCGGUAGUCGUAUUGGUUAGUCUCUUAUUAAAGCUCCUACUACUUGUUGGAAAUUCUUGUUCGUGUUUCUAAUUUGUUUUCUCGGCACUGAACCCAUACGUGCACCUAUUUUUCCCAUUAUUUUCUUAUAACUGUACAGUUGUUUUGAACACCAUACAUGCUGAUGCGCAGGUGGGGGUUUUCAUCAUUCCUACUUAAUCAUAUUUGAGGAUCUUAUAAAGUUACAAUUGUUUUAAAU